AGUGUUUUGCCUUAUUGAAGCAUUUUCUGUAUGAGUGUGUGCCAUACAUUUAUUUAUUUGAGGUACUUAUAUAAUGGCAGCACUCAGGGGCGGACUGGCAACUCAUGGGACCACCGGGCAAUAGGGGAUCAUGGGGCCCCUGUGUCCUCCUCCACACUCAAAUCACACCCAAAAAAGCCUAUGAAAGGUACCAGGGGCAUCUCAUGGGGCCCCCUACUGACCCCGGGCCCUUGGGCAGUGCCCGAGUUUCCAAAU